UCUGAAUGUCAACGCCGCGAGUGUUGAUAGAGCGCCGUUGUUGUCUUCCGCAGCCGUCCUGUGUUCCUGUCGAUAGAUGCAGUCCGACACGAGACGUUUCCUGCCUGCUUCCUGCUCAGACUGCGCCCAUCCUUACCGAUGACGCCGUACUUUGUGAAGAAGCUCAUGGAGAUUACCGGUGUGGCUAUACCAGAGAGUAACCUGCAGUGGGCACCAUUACCCAAGCUUCUGCCUCUUCCUGGUGGUGUGAUGCACAGCUAUGCGCUCUCCGAAGCUUCAUGGGAUCUGCCGGCUCACAGAGGAGCGGUGGUGGAGCACGUUCCCUUCACCAGCCCUGCUCAGGUGGCUGCCCUGCUGGAUGUGCUUCGCCACCAGUGUUUCAUCAACACCCUGCUGAGGAGCUGCUUCACUGUACAGACCUCAUACGAAGAUUCGCUGUGUGACCUGUCCUUUGAAGUCCUCCCGGAGUCCGAUGUCGGCUUUUCUGUGACCUUCCAGCACCCCAACAUGAAUUCGCUUGCUGUUUUGCUGGUGAACGUCUGUAAUCAUCAUCAGAUCACCUGUCGCCUGUAUGGAGCAGCUGUCUCCGAGUCUUCCAUUGAUGAGGAUAUCUCCACUGUUGUAAAGAGCUGUAUGUCCAUCCCUGACACCAUCAAGAUAUUAUACGGCACGCUUCAGGACAUCGCCUCUUUCCCACUUUCACCCGGCCUCCCGGUCGCCACACAAGCUGAAGCUGGCUGCUUUGCCCCCUGGAGUGUAGCUGCGGCCGGCACCAGCGAUGGCCCGGCCACGUUCUCCCAAGAUGCAGCUGGGUCUGCAGACUACUUCGCCGGUUCUGCUUCGGACUUUGUCACUCCUGCCUCCACUCCACACUCCACAUCCACAGCUUUUCCUGAAUUAAUCAGAGCCCUCCUCCAACCCAGAGCCUCCAGUUCCUGCAGGCCGGCUCCUCAGAACGAUGGCCAGUGAGCCCAUCUCAACCUGUGUGCCAGGCUUUUUGUUUUGAAGUGUGAAAGUGGGCAGUUUUGUGAACCUGUGUUUUUGGAUCGUAGGGGAAAUGGGUUGUUAUCGGUUCGAGAUGCUGACGUAAAUGUGCAGAGGAUGGCAGCCGUGUCCUGCUGAAGGCUGCAGCGCUUCCUUCUAUGCAUUCCUGUGUGGCGGAGAUUGCUGGCUGUAAAGGUCUGAGGUUUGGCAUUUGACCUCAGACAGCCAAGGGCACGGUUGAUUGGUACCAUGUGAGCCAAUCAAACGUUGUUAAAGACCAAAAUGUACUCUCGCUGGCAAGAAUAAACUACAGACCCACGCGUUAAAAUAAGAAGCAGCUCUUGUUGGGUGACUCAGUCUCUCAGUAAAAAUACCUCUCGGUGUUGUGUAUCAGCUGCACUUCUGAAAUGUGUGCCAUUA